GCCUUUGAGCUGCGAUAUAAAAGUAAUUACUUAGAUAUGUGCAGAUCAAUAUCUAUAAACAAAUUACCUCUGAAUAGGUGCUCUAAUAGAGGUGUCUAGUGCUCAAUAGGUUAAAUAAGAUAUUAAACACUUUCACUGGCGAGAUGGAAAUAGGAUAGUGUUAAAAUUGUUUUAAAUGAAAAUUUAAAAUUCAUCACGUCACUCUUUUCCCUUUCUGUAUUUUUGCAAUGAGGACAUAUUAUCAGAGAUGACGAUUUAGAGUAUCCUAUCUGUACCAGCAUAAAGUAACCCACCUAAGGUUAACGUAAUUAAAACGUAACCAUGGUUUUCCGGGAAGAUACAACGCUAGAGGUUAAAAGCAUGGUCAAACGUCUCGAGACGACGAAUACACCAAGAGGCAAUUCCGUGAUAGAAGGUGACGUCGCGCGGUCGAUGACGUCUUCAGUUGAGGAACACACGACUAAGCCGAAACUGCAGGCUAAUACUCGCCAUGCCAGAUCUUGUCUAGGGAGUAAUUUGUUUCAUUCAGUUUUCAAGGGACGCAUUAAGAAAGUGAAGUUUUUGAUAGAAAACGGAGUGAAUGUAAAUAACAGAAAUGAUUACGGUUAUAGCGUAUUACUUGCGGCUUUGCAUAUAGACAAUCCUGAGAAACGUAGUAAAAUGUUCAGGUAUUUGCUGAAUAAUGAGGCUGACCCAUUUGCAAAGGACCCUAGAUAUAAACGUUCAGCGCUAGCCUGGUCGGCAAUCCUUGGAAGAAACGAGCAGACUAAUGUGUUGCUAGAUAAUUAUAUGGGAGAAUUGAAUCUUCAUGAAAAGGACAGAGACGGUAUGACGCCUCUCCAUCUUGCGACAAUUUCAGGCCACACGGAUGUUGUGACGUCUUUGGUGCGAGAAAUGACAAAGUUUGGAACAUCAGUAGACGUCCCUGAUAAUAUGGGACUUACUCCGUAUCUCCAUGCAAAACGUUUGGGUUAUGGUUUAAUUGCGGAUAUCUUAAAGGAAGAGGGAGGAGCGUCCGCCGGUCAGGGCGAUAUGUAUACAUUUAAGAGAGCGGACGAAUGGCGGGAAAUCGGUAUCAAGGAAAGAAACGAAGAAGUAAAGCAGCGGAGGAAUACACUUUAUGAACACGCUGCUAUGGCUGGAAGUGCCCGAAUGUUGAUGGAAUUCGAAGGCCCGGGAUACGAAAUAAUAACAAUCCCGAGUCCGAAGCCACGAAGAAGAUGUCGGGUUUCACGAACAAACAGCAUUUCGGACACAGAGGGUGACGACACCUCUGCUCCAAAAUCCGUAAGAAUAAGGUCCCCGAUAUCUCAAAUCAGUCUCCCUGCGGGAAACAAUCUUCGCGCAUAUCACCAUGAGAACAAGCAUGCUCUUUUCGACGCCCACGAUAGCAGUUCUAUGACGCCUUCUCGACAACUCGACACGAUGUCGUUGAUUCAAAUGCGGGAACCUCGUAAAGGAAUCGCUCCGCGACCGUUCCGCUCGUCCGAGCUGGAUACGGCAAAGGCGAAGGAAUAUAAACACAUUGUUGGGGACAUAACCACUAUGAUGGACUUUCUUACUAUGCACCAUAGCAAGUCCUUCCGUCCCUCAGUGCCACCUCUCAAACUGCCAGAACGUGAGGCGUCCAAUAGCUUAAAGAAGGGAUCUACCCUUGCGAUUAUUUUCGGAAAAGGCGGGAAAAAGUCUCGAAAGUCGCCAACUUCCAAUGGCGAUAAGAAGAGGGACAAAAAUGGCUCCGGGAGAAGUAAACGACAACAAAAAGUGAAAUAACAAACACAAACAGAAUUUAUAACUGCAUAUUAUUCAAUGACUAAAUGUUUUUUUGAAACACGUUCUGUGUUUUCGCAUUUCGUUAUUUACCGCUUUGAAUAGUUUAGUGCUAGGUGCUUGCAGAUAAAUAUUUAAGGGUAUUAUAAAAGAUAUUUUCUAAUUCUUAUUUAAAAUGUCUGUUGGCUGAUUUAGG